AUGGCUUUGCGAUCAAGUUCAGAUGCAUUCACCAACGAUGUGUUCCUCAGCUUUAGAGGCUCAGACACCCGCCUUGGUUUUUUUGGUAAUCUCUACAAAGCUCUUAGUGACAGGGGAAUCCACACUUUCAUUGAUCAUGAGAAGCUUAAAAGAGGAGAGGAGAUAACACCAACACUUAUGAACUUGCAACCUAUCCUUGACAGUGUCAAUGGGAAAAAAGGACUGUUGGUUUUGCCGGGUUUUCAUAACAUGGAUCCUUCAGAUGUUCGACGCUGGAAAGGCAGUUAUGGAGAAGCAUUGGCUAAGCAUAAGGAAAGAGCUGGAUACGAAUAUGAGUUUAUUGGGAAGAUUGUUGAGAGGGUUUCCAGCAAGAUUAAUCAUGCUACUUUAUAUGUUGCAGAUCACCCGGUUGGACUGGAGUCACAAGUGCUAGAAGUAAGGAAGCUUUUGGAUGAUAGGUCUGAUGAUGGUGUCCAGAUGAUAGGGAUCCAUAGAAUGGGUGGGGUAGAAAUGGAAUGUUUGAGAGAGAUGCUAAAAGUUGCAGUACAUGCAUGGUGCCCUGAGAUUCGAUCCAUGAGAGUUGGUGUUGCUGCAAGAGUUAAUGAAGAAAAUGUUGACCUAUUGAACUUGCUACCGGUCUGGUGGUCACAGAUGUCUUAUAGAUCGAAAUGCAUAUAA